GUCGAGCAUAGUCGGAGCUGUCAAGAAUCGCUGACAUUAAGCAAACAAAUGUAGGCAGCCCAGGUGUCAACUGCUUCAUUGUUUGCCCAUACAGAUACUGUCAGUUGCAGCUCAAUCCUUGACUCGGGUUACAGGUCACAUGUGGUUCAGUUGCUCGCACAAUGGCGUCAGUUGCACAGCUAAUUAUGUUGAUUCUCGUGGCGGCAAUCAAAGCCAACGCUGGCCAGGACAAUAGCUAUUCUACAUUACUGGCCCCUGUUCUGGAACACCUGAACUAUGCCCUGGAGCUCCACUUGCGUAGCCCCAACGAUUUUAACAAUAUCCUUGUGAGGACACUCUUGAUGCAGAAGGGUCUUCCCCUGAAAGUGGGUAUCAACCAAGUUGUGUCCGAGUCCGACUCCAUUCUUCAUCACUUCUUUAUCUACGAGGAUGUGCUCAAGCUGCAGGAGAACCUCGGGAAAUUCGACAAAUCGGACUGCUUCUAUUUACUCGCUCUGGAGCGAUCUGUAGACGAUGAGCAGCAGUUGUUGCUCCAGUUCAUGGAGACGAUUUGGCGGCGACAUGAACACAGUCGCAUCUAUUAUAUCCAGCAGGAAGCCGGAGAAGUCCUGCUCUACAAUCCCUUCAAGCAAAGUAUUGUGCUCGUCAAGGAUUCACUUAGCUAUCAACGCAUUUACUCCAAUCUUCAUGGUUAUGCCUUGCGAGCGUACAUCUUUGACUCCGUCUACUCGUCUCUUUAUGGUGAUGGAGUCACAAAGCAGGUAACAAAGGUAACAGGUCCCGAUGCCAAGGUUGCCGACACUGUAGCCAAGCAUCUCAAUCUUACACUGAAUUAUAUCUGGCCAGAUGACGAGUUUUUUGGAGGCCGUCAACCAAAUGGUUCUUACAAUGGUGGCGUUGGACGCGUUCAUCGUCAUGAGCUGGACGUCAUCUUUGCCGGCUUCUUCAUAAAGGAUUAUCUAACUACGCGCAUUCAGUUUUCCGCCGCCGUCUACAUGGACGAUCUGUGUAUCUUUGUGCAGAAGGCUCAACGUAUUCCACAAUCGAUUGUUCCUCUCUUUGCUGUGCGUCCAGAUGUCUGGCUGUGCUUCCUGCUUGUGGGUUUCAUUUGCGCCUUUAUCUGGAUGUGUUUGCGUGCCUUAAAUCUGUGCUUGCACAUCGAGGGAAAUGCAGGGAUUAAAGGCGACCAUUACCUCAGCAUUGGCUGGCGCAUCUUUAUUGACACCUGGGUGGUUUGGGUGCGAGUCAAUGUUGGCCAAUUUCCGCCCUACAACUCGGAGCGCAUUUUUCUGGCCUCCCUGUGCCUGGUUAGUGUCAUUUUUGGAGCACUGUUGGAGUCCAGCUUGGCCACGGCCUAUAUACGUCCACUGUACUAUCGAGAUCCCAAUACACUGGCGGAACUGGAUGACUCUCAGAUUCCUAUCUACAUUAAGCAUCCGGCAUUCAAGGAUGAUCUGUUUUAUGGCCAUGACUCCGAGGUCUAUCGACGCCUCGAUGCCAAAAUGCUGUUGGUGGGCGAGGGUGAGGACAGAUUGAUCAGCAUGGUGGCAAAGCUUGGCAGGUUCGCUGGAGUAACCAGAUCUGCCAGCCUGGAGCUAAGCGACAGACGCUUCAUUAUGACCCACAAGGUGCACAAGAUUCCGCAGUGCCCAAAGACUUAUCACAUCGGUUAUGUCCUGCCCAAUCCAUCACCUUACAUAGAAGGCAUCAAUACCAUCCUGCUGCACAUUUUGGCCGGUGGACUAUUGGAUUUCUGGAUCAACGAGAUGAAGGAGCGGGCCAAAAUGAAUAUACACCAGUACCCCGAAUAUCUAGCCGAGCUGACUGUGGGCAAGUGGAAGGUGUUUACUCUAAAGGACGUCCAACUGGCCUUCUAUGCUCUGGGCAUUGGAUGUGUGCUAGCUUCACUUGCUUUUCUCUUGGAACUCUGGUUUAAAUCGGGGAUAUGCUACUCUACUUUUAAAGUUUUAAAUUAAGAAUUUGAUACGCUUAAAAAUCAAGAAAAUUUAUGAAAUCAAA